CUCCAGGAAACUGGCGGCCUCCGCGUCUGGUCUCCUGCUCUCCGAGAGUUGGGCGCUGCUGCUCCACGCUGGGGUCGCUGCGCCGUCGCCGGGAUCAUGGUGUUCUACUUCACCAGCAGCAGCGUUAACUCAUCUGCUUACACUAUUUACAUGGGAAAGGAUAAAUAUGAAAAUGAGGAUCUAAUAAAGUAUGGCUGGCCUGAAGAUAUUUGGUUUCAUGUGGACAAAAUCUCUUCGGCUCAUGUAUACCUUCGAUUACAUAAGGGGGAGAAGAUAGAAGACAUUCCAAAGGAAGUAUUAAUGGAUUGUGCCCAUCUUGUGAAGGCCAAUAGCAUUCAAGGCUGCAAGAUGAACAACGUUAGCGUGGUGUAUACACCGUGGUCUAACCUGAAGAAGACGGCUGACAUGGACGUGGGGCAGAUAGGCUUUCACAGGCAGAAGGAUGUAAAAAUUGUGACAGUGGAGAAGAAAGUGAAUGAGAUCUUGAACCGAUUAGAAAAGACUAAAACAGAGCGGUUCCCAGACCUAGCAGCAGAGAAGGAAUGCAGAGACCGCGAGGAGAGGAAUGAGAAAAAGGCCCAAAUUCAGGAAAUGAAGAGGAGGGAAAAGGAAGAGAUGAAGAAGAAGAGGGAAAUGGAUGAACUUAGGAGCUAUUCUUCACUAAUGAAAGCUGAGAAUAUGUCUUCAAAUCAGGACGGCAACGAUUCAGAUGAAUUCAUGUGAAUGGAGAAAAGGACUUUGCAAAGAUGUGAAUUUAGGGACGUUUUGAUUUCAUCCGUGUUCUGAGUUAUAAAAAACAACCAACCAAAAUUCUACCUUCAGUCUACACAAAUAUCAACUUGGGAUUUUCUUUUAAUUGUUCCGCUUUUUGCUGACAGAAAGGAUCAGAUACCUAUGUAUCAAAUACAGUUGGACUUGAAGACAGCAUGUAACACUAGGAAAGUGAAAAUAUAUGUGCCAGAACAUGUCUUGUUAGCUCACAGAAGUUGGCUGUCCUUGUUCUUGGGAUAGGCUUUAGAACAAACCAGCUCGGAAAAGCAUUUCUGGUAUGUGGUCUGCCUCUGAAAACAGAUGUCUUGAAAAGCUUUUUAUAUUCUUAAAAUAGCUUCACUUCUGUGAAGAAGGUGUUGGUGAGCAAUAUAUAGGAAUGUUCCUUCCACCCUUGAUUUCCUGAUUAGAAAAAGAAGCAUGCGGGUUCUGAGGAUGGUGACAAUGCGUCCAGAAGAUGGCUGGCCCCAUCGUCCACGUUCCGCUGUGUUGUCUGAUGCCACGGACAGAGUUGUCCUUGCCUCUGAGCUCACCUUAGCUUCUGCAUUCGACACCCGCACUGUCCCUGAGCGAUGCCUCCACCGAGGCACUGUCAGACUUAGAGGAGCAGUUGGUGUUAGUCAAGGGCGGGGCUUGAGGCAGUCUUUGCCUGGCUGAGCACCAGUGACUCUGCUCCGCCCCCCCCACGCCCCUCCCCCCACGCCCCGCCCGGGACUGCAACGUCCAGGCCCUGGAGUGGUUUCUCAGCACUGAGGGGAGAAGCAGGGAGGGAUGCUCCGUGAGCCAUUGUGAGGACGUAGGCUACCUGAUUUUUGUCUUGGAACGUAGCAUAAAGCGAAAGUCCAGGUCGUAAUUACGAUUUUAAGAAAAUUAAGCAUUUCCUUAGCCAGCCAAAUGUUUAUUUACCUCGAAAUAAUAUUUAUUUCGAGUUGUAACCCCAGAGUUCAGAUUUAUCAAUUGUAGGCUCAGUGACUUAAUAUAUAACUGUGCAUACUCAUUCAAACUACCUGCUCUCUGGUGUGAUUCUGACUAGAAGAUACAUUUUUAUUGAAACUGUAAGGCAACCCCUGUAGAGAAAAACAAAGCUACACAAUUAAAGGGAAAGAGGUCACAGCCCACAGGUCAGGAGGCACGUGGAGUCACCCUUGAACCACACCCAGAGUUGUGCACGCAUCCUUCCGGUUGCGUCAGAAUGAGUUCUGACCCGGCAACAAUGGCCCCCAACAAAUCGUCUGUCUGUAAUAGCACUUCGGGACAAUGGCUGAAACCAAAAGACUUCCACGUUUCUUUUUAUUUCAAGUUGGUGUAUGGGGUUGAACUGGAAACUUUCCCUGAGGUAUAGGCCAAAUUUUGAGACAGUGUGGUAGACAACUCCAGAAAUUAAUAAUUGUGUGUGUGUCUCUCUAAUGAUAUUUAGCCCAGAGUUCUGUGAUUUAAAAAUAUAAUAAAGACUUUUUUAUUUGGAAGGACA